UAAAAAUGAAAAAUGUAUUUGUUUGAAUUCUCAACCAAAUACAUUUUGAGUGACUGCAUUUUUCCAAGUGAUUGGCUAUUUUCUGAGUUCCAAUCAAACUCAGAAUUCGCCAAAUUCCUUCACUCACUCUUUUUCGUUAUUCUUCAUUACUUUCAAUCCAAUUUGCCAUAACCAAAAAUAGUGAAAUUUGAAGGAAAAAAGCCUUAUAAACAUGGCAAUUUGGGUAUUUGGGUACGGUUCUUUGAUCUCAAAAGCUGGGUUUAACUACGAUGAACGUCUCGUUGGUUUCAUCAAAGAUUACCGACGUGUCUUCUACCAAGGUUCUACUGACCAUAGAGGAACCCCUGAAUUCCCUGGAAGAACAGUCACAUUGGAGCCUGCUGAAGGAGAAAUUUGUUGGGGAGCUGCUUAUAAGAUCUCAAAGAAAGAAGAUCAAGAAAUUGCGUUAACGUAUCUGGAAGUGAGGGAGAAGCAAUAUGACCGGAAGGAAUAUGUGGAUUUUUUCACUGAGUUUAAAGCGACAACGCCAGCCAUUUCUGGAGCAUUGGUAUAUAUUGCAUCCCCAAACAAGAACGUUAAUGUAAAUUAUUUAGGUCCUGCAUCUGUUGAAGAAAUUGCAAGGCAAAUAGUUCAAGCUGAAGGUCCUUCUGGACCUAAUAGAGAGUAUCUUUUCCUACUUGAAAAGGCUCUUCUUCAAAUAGGUUCCGAAGACAAGCAUGUUACUGAUCUUGCAAAUGAAGUCAGGCGCAUUAUUUCAGAAGAAAACUGAAUGCUUCAGUGUUGUUAGCACCAUACAUUCUGAGAUUUUUGAGCAAACCCUUUAUUUAUAAUCCAUUGGAAACUUCAAUUCUUUCAAGAAUGUUAUUGGGAGAUAAUAUUUAUAUUUAGUGAUAUGAUGCCUAUAAUCUUCUCAUGUAAUAAUAUGUUGUUUCUUUCUUGGAUAUGAACGGCUGAGUAGAAGUUGAACUAUCCAUACAACAAUGCUAUAGUAGAACCCUAUUACAAGGCAUGUAGCUAAGUGGUUUACUCUUGUUGGUCCUAAUUACAAAACCAAGAAUAAAUUCUUAAGGUGUGUUUAGUUUGGAA